AUGGCUAGCAACGGAGUUGAGCAAACACCGAUACCGAUAUCCAUCACCAUAUGUGGGGAUGGAGGCUGUGGUAAGUCGUCAAUCACGCUCCGCCUCGUCCGAUCGCAAUGGACGUCCGAAUACGACCCCACGAUUGAGGAUUCCUACUCUAUAACCCGCCGGAUCGACGGCCAGACGUACCACCUCUCCCUCACAGACACGGCGGGUCAGGAAGAAUACCGCGGUAUGUGGGCGUCAUCCAACCUGGGCGCCGACGCAUUCCUCCUCGUGUACGACAUAACUUCGCAAUCUUCUCUGGAAGCCCUUCAGUACUUCAAUGACUUGAUCGAUAUGGAGGCCGAGACGCGACUCGACAAUGCUGAGCGUGCACGACGUGCCGGCCUGACACCGACGUUCCCUACGAAUAGCUUCAACGGGUACGGAUCCUCGAAUAAUGGCUCAAAAACAGUGCCGCCGAUAAAGAUUGUGGCGGGAAACAAGUGCGAUCUUCAGGAAAGCAGGCAGGUACCUGCGGCGAUGGGUCUAGAAUGGGCGCGGCGUAGGGGCUGUGGCUUCAUGGAGACCAGCGCUAGACUUGAGGUCAAUAUCGAGGAAACGUUCGCCCUGAUCGUGAGACGCGUCGUGGAGGGACGGAGGCUUGCCGAGAUGGGUGUUCACGAGAGCACCCAGGCAGACAGCAGGGGAAUGACAAAGCCCUUGAGCCCGCUACCCUCAGGGGAGGAUGAUAGCGAGAAGCGCGCGCCGGGUGUUCGUGGACCGAAUAUAAACGGCGACAAGGUUGGCCGGGGCGGCCCCGGAUUCUGGAAGAAGCUUCGCUGCUGGUAG